CUGCCCCAAAUAAAGGCACGGCCUCUCGACGGCAGCCCUCCAGCACCUUCCCUCCAUUCUCCCCAUCAUCACCUCAGUGUUGGGCCACUUCUCAGAGGAAACUCUACCUAGACCUAUUAAUACGGUUCUACUUUGCGUCUUCUUCCAUCCCACCUUCUGUCUCUCGUUUGCAGAACUUUUUGACAUCACCACUAUCGCUAAUUCCCCUUUUUGCCCUCGCCCCUGCCGCGCCACUUUGGACCCCAGCAACCAUAAACAAAAACACUCCUCGCCGACUGUUUUUGCUCUCGAGUCCUCGACUCUUCAACACCACCAAACACACCACAACUCAGCAUUUUUGCUUGCUUAUAGACAACUUUUUGCAACCCGACAUCUGUACAGCACUCUUCACAUCACAGUCACCAUGUUCACCUCCAAGACCGUCUCCGCGGGCCUUCUGGCCCUGCUGGCCUCCACGGCCUCAGCCCAGACUCACUCCGACUGCAAGCCCACCGAGAAGGACUGCCCUCCCGCGCCCGCUCUGGGCAAGGCCUUGACCAUCGACUAUGCUAAGGGUGCCGAUAAGUCGGGCUUCUUCAAGAUGCUCGACGGUACCUCGCUCGAGUACGAUGGCAACAAGGGCGCUGUCUUCAAGAUCGCCAGUGAGGGCAACGCCCCCACACUCGUCGCCAAAGACUACAUCUUCUUCGGCAAGGUCGAGGUUGAGCUUCAGGCCGCCCCCGGCGUUGGCAUCGUGACCAGCGUCGUCCUGCAAUCUGACGACCUUGAUGAGAUCGACUGGGAGUGGGUCGGCGGUGACAACACCCAGGUCCAGACCAACUACUUCUCCAAGGGCGACACCACGACCUACGACCGUGGUGGCAAGCACCCCGUCAACAACCCCGUUGGCUCGUUCCACAAGUACACCAUCGACUGGACCAAGGACUACAUCAAGUGGAUCGUCGACGGCAACGUCGUUCGUGAGCUUAAGUACGCGGACGCCAAGGGCGGCGCCACCUUCCCUCAGACUCCCUGCCAGGUCCGUGUCGGCACCUGGGUCGCCGGUCGCAAGGAUGCUUCGCCCGGCACUGUCGAGUGGGCCGGUGGUUUCGCCAAUUUCGCCGACGGUCCCUUCAACGGCUACUACAAGUCGAUCGCCGUGACCGACUAUGCCACUGGCGCCACCUCGUACGUCUACGGUGACCGCUCUGGUACCUACAAGAGCAUCGUCGUCAAGAAGGAUGGCGACAAGAGCGAGAACAGCAGCAGCUCCAGCAGCUCGUCGUCCAAGCCCUCUAGCACCUCCAGCUCGUCGAGAUCCUCGAGCUCCUCCAGCUCUGCCCAGACCACCGGCUCCAACUCGACCACCAGCGCCUCGACCCCCUCGCAGACCGGCUCCAGCUCCAGCGGCUCCAGCUCGGGCGGUGCUUCGGGCACCACUGCCGGCGCGGGCGCUGCCACCAGCCGCGUUGCUGCCCCCAGCUCCGGCUUCGCCACGGUUCCCAACCUGUUCAUGGUUGGUGCUGCUGCCGUCCUUGGCUUCCUGGCCCUGUAAACUACUCGGGAAACCAAAGUGUGCGAGUGUGUCUUUGUUAAACGAGCAUAUCUUAUCUGUUCGGAGGCUUCUUCUUCCCUGUAUGAUUUUCCAGGCUCUGGCACCCGGGCCAUCGAUGACGGACUUUGUCGAUGACGGACCGUAAACACGGCGACUGUCAAGCCCGUGCCUUUUUGCAUUUUUUGUCUAUACCAUGAUAGAGCACAAUUGAUCGGAGUUGUCUUUUUGAGA